UGACAUCGUCGAAGUCGAGGAUCGGUAGGUGGCGGAGUGCACAUUUAAUUGUUGCGAACGCCAUUAUACCAACGAAGAAGAAUGUCGCCAAAGCCAGUUAGACCACAGCUUGAAGUUAUUGUUGUGUUUGAGGCACGAGUUAUUAAAUGUAGCUUAGCUAGAGUAGCCUCCAAAUGUCAUAGUAGUAACGUUAGCUAGCCGUCUUAAAAGGAAGAAGAUGUCAACAAGUGCUGUCACGACGUUAAUCAUCACUGCUGCUGUAUGCAGCCUGUUGCUCGUUGCUCAAGGGCAGAUGGACGAUGAGGAAUGGAUUGAUCCCUAUGAUAUGUUGAACUACGACCCAAGCACAAAGACCAUGAGAAAGCCUGCGGAGGUUUCACAGCUGCCUUCAUGCAAUCUGGUGUUCAAGCAAUUCCUCACCAAGUUUCUAAAGGAGAUUAAAAAAUUUGGCCUGCCCAGUGAUUUCCAGAAUGAUCUCUACUACGACGCUAAAGUAAGACUGUCUCGGCAAGCGUUGGCGGAGAUCUGGAAGCUUCUGGAGGGAAUGGACACCUGUAGAAUGGGGGAUCUGGACGAUGCCCUCAGCCAGAUCCUGGUGGAUCUCAAACCACAUGAACUCGAGGCCUCGAGAUGGCACUUUGAGGACACCUUUGGUGUGGAGAUCGACACAGUCAUGAAGGUGUUUGUUUGCGUCUUAGUUAUAGUGGUCAUCGUCUGCAGCGAGCUGUGGUCUACAGUCUCCUGGUUUGUCCAGUUCAAGCGAAUCUUCACCAUCUGCUUUCUCAUCGGUCUGGUGUGGUUUUGCUUCCUCCUCUACAAGAUUGACUUUGCCGUCGACGCGAAAUGCACCUGGAAAAUUGACUGGUGGAACUUAAAUGAUUGGUACAGAGGUGCCAUGACUCUCCAGGAAGGUCUCUGUAAGAUGUACAACAAAGUCCUCACCGUCAGCCCAAUCCAUCUCGUAUCCCAAGCUAAGAACUUUGGCCAGAGGAUCAGCGAGUUGCUCGUAGCCAUCAAGGUCCUACCGGUCACCCGGGAUAUCCCUGUGCUCCUCUUCGUGCUUUCCUUCCUGGUGUUUAUGUACUGUAGCUGCCAGGCAGCCAUCAAGCACUGCAUUACGAGACUGCUGAGAAUCGGCAGGCCCAGGGACACCCCUCCUCCAGCCAUGGACCAGCCCGAGCCCCAGGCCCAUCCUGGAGGUACAAACCAUGACCCACUGGCAGGGGGGGAGGCCCUUCAAUGCUCCCCUCCCAGAAACGUGGAGACCCUGAGGAACGACGACUGGCCGUUUAGCAACGCCCAGGAAGAGGUACAACAACCAGUUGUAGGUGGGGCCACAACUGCAGGCAAUGACUCACAAGAAGCUAAACCCUCUCUAGCUAAAGCCAAACCCAAUGAGAGGGACGUGACGUCUGAAUCUAAGGUGGCUACUGACGGGGAGUCUAAGCAGCUGGCCGAGAGGCAGCCCUCACCAACUACACAGGGGAAUAAUACGCAGGAGAAGUCAUCAGAAGAGAAGAUGUCAUCUAUCUCAGGGCAGCAUGGUGAAACUGAUAGGGUGCCUGUACAAGAGACUGAACCAACGUCGCUAGCACUAUAGACUAUAUUCUUGUCAUUGACAGCAGUGCGAAAUCUCAAAUCCAUUGGAUACCUUAAGCCAGUUAUGAAGAUGCAGUUUCUCAAGAUAAUGAAGAAUACUUUUUAUUUCAUUUUUUGAAAAUGUUUUUCAGUUUACAAUGUAGGCCAUAGUGAUUUUUUUUUAUCUUUAAAAAAAAUAGCAGGUUGUUUACCUGUUUUACAUUCUCUUUUUGUUAGGGAAAGACCAGCCUUAAUAUUUUAUAGAUUCCAUCAAUGUAAUUGUCAUCAUUUACAAUCCCCCAUAUUUUUUUUGUUUAAAAAAAAUAUAUAUAUAUAUAUAUAAUAAUAUAUAUAUAUAUAUAUAAAAAAAUUUUUAAACACACAGUACUGUUCAAAACACCAGUCUCAACAGUGAAGAGGCAACUCCGAGAUGCUUGCCUUCUAGGCCGAGUUCCUUUGUCCAGUGUCUGUGUUCUUUUACCCAUCUUGAUCUUUUCUUUUUAUUGUCCAGUCUGAGAUAUGGCUUUUUCUUUGCAACUCUGCCUAGAAUUCCAGCAUCCCGUAGUCGCCUCUUCACUGUUGAUGUUGAGACUGGUAUUUUGCGGAUACUAUUUAAUGAAGCUGCCAGUUGAGUACUUGUGAGGCAUCUGUUUCUCAAACUAGACACUAAUGUACUUGUCUUCUUGCUCAUUUGUGCACCGGGGCCUCCCAUUCUUUCUAUUCUGGUUAGAGCCAGUUUGCGCUAUUCUGUGAAGGGAGUAGUACACAGCAGUGUACGAGAUUUUCAGUUUCUUGGCAAAUUCUCGAAUGGAAUCGCCUUCAUUUCUCAGAACAAGAAUAGACUGAUGAGUUUCAGAAGAAAGUUUGUUUCUUGCCAUUUUGACCCUGUAAUCGAACCAACAAAUGCUGAUGCGCCAGAUACUCAAGUAGUCUAACGGACAGUUUUAUUGCUUCUUUAAUCAGCAUGACAGCUUUCAGCUGUCCUAACAUAAUUGCAAAAGCCAUUUAAAAUUAUAAACUUGGAUUAGCUAUAAACUAUCAAAAUAAAGUCUCACACCAUGUUACCUCCCAGCAAUUUAAUGGGUUUUUACCAACAUUUCGGCAUCACGGUGCCUUCCUCAGGGUAAUGUCAUGAAUACUUGAACCAGGUUACGUUGACGCAGUGAAAUUAGUGUAACCAAUGACAAUAGUGAGGGGUGUGUCAUAAUGAUUAAGUUAAUUAAAAUGAAAACUGUUGAAUUGUAUAUGGCAUAUCAAAUAUAGUAUGCUAUUAUCAUAUAGAAACAAUGGAAUAGUGUACAUCAUAUCAGCGUCAACAUAUAUUAUUGUUAAAUUCAAUUUCACAUUGUUUUUGUUACAUGUAAUCUUUUGGUUCAACCUUAAUAUAUAAUUAACAUCAACAGGGGGAACACAUUAGGAAUACGCUAAUAAGCUGUAAAUAAAAAAACAUAUAUUUAUAAGAUUUGUUCAUGGAGGAAAAUGUGUUCAUAAGAAGGGCCUGGGAUCAAAGUCAAUAUUCAGACCACUAGGGGUCAAUGUUUUUAGAUAGGAUAUCCAGUAACCCUCCCUUUGUAGUAGGAUCUCGAUGUUACCUCCCCCUUGGUAGAGAAACAUGCUCAAUGCCUGUGUAUUUGAGGGAGGAGAUUGGAUGGUGAGCUCCAAAAAAGUGAGCUGCUACUGGAUAGUCAAUGUUCUUACACCUGAUUGAGCUGUGGUGUUCAGCUAUGCAUGUUUUAAUUGUCUUUUCGUUUGUCCUACUUAGGCUUUUCCACAUGAACAGGUGAUGAGAUAGAUUACUCCCUUGGUCUUGCAUGAGAUGAUAACCAUUAGGGGUAUCUUUUUGACCUGUAUGUGGGUGUCUGAAGAAAAAUGUUUUUAUAGUGUUAUUGCACUGUGCGCAUGAGCCACAUUUGUAGUUUCCAUUUGGGAUAGGUGUCAGGAGUGUCUGAAUGGGCUCAGGGGACAUGUCAGAUCUCACCAAACUACCUCCAAUAUUGCGACCACGCUUAUAGACCACCAGUGGGGGGUUCCUUGAAAAGGUGUGUGUGAUUUUAUUAUUUGAUUGUUUUUGUCUGAUUGCAGAAUAUGCCAGUGCUUUUUCAGGAUUGCUUUCAUUUUCUCCAAACCCUUGGUGUACUUAGUGCAAAGGACGGUUGCGUUGUUUUUCUUCUUUGGUUGAGUUUUAAGUAAUUCUGCUCUUGGUUUUUCUGAUUUUCAUCAUUGCAUCAUCAAGAGUUUUGUCCUUGGAGCCUCUCAUUUUGAUUAUUUUUUUUUUUUUAGCAUUGCGUCAAUCUGAUUGGUGGCCACAGAUUUGUUUAACCCUGCAUAACUGGCUAUAUGGUAGUCCAUUCUUGAGGGGAAGGGGAUGCAUACUAUCCUCACAUAGCAAGGUAUUGCGCUUUGCGUAUAAGUCUGUGUGUAAUGCAUCAUUCUUUGAUAAUCCAUAAUUCCAGGUAGUUUAUUUUUCUCUCAUCAGUCUGCAUGGUGAAUUUGAGGUAUUCAGAGCUCUUGUUUAGUAGAGUUUGGAAUUCAUUUAGUUCCUGCUGACUUCCUUCCCAGAGCACAAUGACAUCUAUGUAUCUCUUCCAUAGAAGUAUUUUAGAAAGUAAGGGGUUUGUCUCUGUUUUAAAAAAGGAAUGCUUCUCCAAAUUGUCCCACAUACAGGUUUGCAUAGUUGGGGAAAAAGGGGAGCCCAUGGCUGCACCCUAAAUUUGAAGGGAAAAGUCUGACUGAAAGACAAAGUAGUUCUGGGAUAAUACCAGUUCAGUAAGUUGUAAGAUGGAAUCAUUGGAUGGAGCAAGGGUAGAGUCUCUCUGCUGAAGGAAGUGUUGUAGCGCCCGCAAGCCUCCAGUGUGUGGGAUGUUAGUGUACAAGCUCUCCACAUCAAAAGUGGCCAGGAGGUUGCCCCCUGGAACUGAAACUUGGAUUAGCUAACACAAUGUGCCAUUGGGACACAGGAGUGAUGGUUGCUGAUAAGUGGAAUCUGUGUAGCUAUAAACAGCUUUUUUUAUUUUUGUUUAUUAAAAAUGGAAUAGCUACAAUAGUCAUUUACACCAUUAACAAUGUCUACACUGUAUUUCUGAUCAAUUUUAUGUUCUUUUAAUGGACAGAAAAAUAGUUUUUGAAAGAAAAUAAGGAAAUGUCUAAGUGACCCCAAACUUUCAAACGGGUGUGUGUGUGUGUGUGUGUGUGUGUGUGUGUGUGUGUGUGUGUGUGUGUGUGUGUACAUACCCACACUCAGUUAAGUCGGAAGUCAACAUACACUUAAGCCAAAUACAGUUAAACUCAGUUUUUCACAAUUCCUGACAUGUAAUCCUAGUAAAAAUUCCCUGUCUUAGGUCAGUUAGGAUCACCACUUUAUUUCAAGAAUGUGAAAUGUCAGAAUAAUAGUAGAGAGAAUUAUUUAUUUCAGCUUUUAUUUCUUUCAUCACAUUCCCCAGUGGGUCAGAAGUUUACAUACACUCAAUUAGUAUUUGGUAGCAUUGCCUUUAAAAUGGUUUAACUUGGGUAAAAUGUUUGGGGUAGCCUUCCACAAGCUUCCUACAAUAAGUUGGGUGAAUUCUGGCCCAUUCCUCCUGACAGAGCUGGUGUAACUGAGGUUUGUCAGUGUGCUCGCGCACACUUUUUCAGUUCUGCCCACAAAUUUUCUAUAGGAUUGAGGUCAAGGCUUUGUGAUGCCCACUCCAAUAUCUUGACUUUGUUGUCCUUAAGCCAUUUUGCCACAACUUUAGAAGUAUGCUGGGGGUCAUUGCCAUUUGGAAGACUUAUUUGCAACCAAGCUUUAACUUCUUGGCUGAUGUCUUGAUGUUGCUUCAAUAUAUCCACAAUUUUAUUUCCUCAUGAUGUCAUCUAUUUUGUGAAGUGCACCAGUUCCUCCUGCAGAAAAGCACCCCCACAUCAUGAUGCUGUCACCCCCGAGCUUCACGGUUGGGAUGAUGAUCUUCGGCUUGCAAGCCUCCCCCUUUUUCUCCAAACAUAACGAUGGUCGUUAUGGCCAAACAGUUCUAUUUUUGUUUCAUCAGACCAGAGCACAUUUCUCCAAAAGUGUACGAUCUUUGUCCCCAUGUGCAGUUGCAAACCAUAGUCUGGCUUUUCUAUGGCGGUUUUGGAGCAUAUUCUUCCUUGCUGAGCGGCCUUUCAGGUUAUGUCGACAUAGGACUCGUUUUACUGUGGAUAUAGAUACUUUUGUACUUGUUUCCUCCAGCAUCUUCACAAGGUCCUUUGCUGUUAUUCUGGGAUUGAUUUGCACUUUUCGCACAUCAAAGUACGUUCAUCUCGCUUUGGAUAAAAGCGUCUGCUAAAUGGCUAUUAUUGUUAUUAUAUCUCUAGGGGACAGAAUGCGUCUCCUUCCUGAGUGGUGUGACGGCUGCUUGGUCUCAUGGUGUUUAUACUUGCGUACUAUUGUUUAUACAGAUGAACGUAGUACCUUCAGGCGUUUGGAUAUUGCUCCCAAGGAUGAACCAGACUUGUGGAGGUAUACAAUUGUUUUUCUGAGGUCUUGGCUGAUAAAAAAAAAUGUUCCAUGAUGUUAAGCAACGAGGCACUGAGUUUGAAGGUAGGCCUUGAAAUACAUCCACAGGUACACCUCCAAUUGACUCAAAUUAUAUUAUUUAGCGUAUCAGGAGCCACUAAAGCCAUGACAUCAUUUUCGGCAAUUUUCCAAGCUGUUUAAAGACACUAAAUUGACUGUGCAUGUAUACUUCUGACGCAGUGAAACAGUGAAUAAGUGAAAUAAUCGUUCUGUAAACAAUAGUUGGAAAAAUGACUUGUGUCAUGCACAAAGUAGAUGUCCUAACCGACUUGCCAAAACUAUAGUUUGUUAACAAGAAAUUUGUGGAGUGGUUGAAAAACAAGUUUUAAUGACUCCAACCUAAGUGUAUGUAAACUUCCGACAUCAACUGUAUAUACACACAAAUAUAUACAGUACCAGUCAAUGUUUGGACACACCUACUCAUUCCAUUUAUUUUCCAUCUAUUUUCUACAUUGUAGAAUAAUAGUGAAGACAUCAAACUAUGAAAUACCUCAUAUGGAAUCAUGUAGUAACCAAAAAAGUGUUAAACAAGUAAAACAUAUUUGAGAUUCUUCAAUAUCAGGUUUUGCCUUGAUGACAGCUUUGCACAAGUUCCUUACUACUUUUUUUUCUUCCAAUCAGUGGAUUUGAGUUUUACCGCUAUUUUUAUUGUAUUAUUUGUUCUUAUAUGAAUAAAGGGGAAAAAGGCCAUUCUUGAACAUGGGGUGAGACACUUGCUAAUCUGCUAGAAAACCCAUUCAGAUUUAAGUAUACCUGACACAUUUAGUGAGAGGUCUGUUUUAUUAUUUCUGCCCUCCAAAUUCAUAUUCAUUAUUUAAAUAGGCCCAUUUUAAAUUUUGUCUGCCUUGCCAUUCCAAAUCAAAAACAUUUUUUUUGCUCAUGUAAUUAAAAAAAAAAAAGAUUGUUAGGUGCAAGACCUUAAGCAAAUAGGUCAACUGGGAUAUGACGAAAGAGUUCAUCUGUGAUUCUCUCCCCCCUCACAAAUAGAUGGUUAUUUUUAUUUUCCAGGUCGCAAGAUCUUAUCUAUCUUUCAAUUAAAAAUGUAUUGUAGUGAGAAUUUCUUUCGGCAUAUGUAUACUGAGUAUGUCCACAUCACCGUCGGACCAUUUUAUUGGUAAACUACACUGUAAUGUAUAAGUUGUAUUUUUAUUUUUGCCAAUAUUGUUUUACUCCUCUUGACAGUUUAAAACUUGAAGUAGACAUUAUUUACUUUUUUACACCUAGGGUUAGGUGUAAUGGGCUACACAACUUUAUCCCAUUUUAUAAGAUUCGCCAAAAUGUAAAUAUUCCUGGCAUUUACAUAUAAAAUCCAAUCCUACUUUAUCAAAAGCCUUUCCAAAGUCCGUUAUGAAUACCAGGCCUGGUUUCCCAGAUUUGUCAUAGUGUUGAAUUGUUUCCAGUACUUAUAUUAUUUCCAAUGUAUCGUCCAUGUAAAAAAAAAAUCUGGCUGAUUAGAACGAAUAAUAUGACAAUAGGUUUUUAAUUCUAUGUGCUAUGCAUUGGGAUUUUCUCCCAUUCUUCUCUGCAGAUCAUCUCAAGCUCUGUCAGGUUGGAUGGGGAGCGUUGAUGCACAGCUAUUUUUCACGUCUCCAGAGAUGUUCGAUAAGGUUGUAAAGUAACAAAAUGUUGAAAAAGUCAAGGGGUCUGAAUACUUUCCGAAUGCACUAAGUCCCAUUGAAUUAUUUUAUAGUAAGAAUAAUAUAAUUUAACUUAGCUGAAUAAAAUAAAGGAUAUUUUUCCCAUUCCGGA